GGGGUUGUGAUUGGGGAGGGAAGGGAGCCGUGAGCGAGGGUUAAUGAAUACAGGCCACAUCGAUCUGCUUCCACGGGCCUCCUCUCUCUCUCUCCCUCUCUUUCUCUAUCGCUCUCUCCCUCUCACUCACCCUCUCCCACCAUGCACUCCUCUAUUCUCGGGCCAAAUGCUGCUCCAGCAUUUUGCUGACCAGCUACACUAAGCACAGGCUGAGUGCAGAGGGAUCCACAGAGGCCAGGAAACAUCGAGCAGUGGCUAAGGCGAGGCAAUGGCUAACGCUAGCAGCUAAUUAGCACCGUCAGUUCUCGCUAUUCUGUUGAAACAGCCACAAACAGUAACUAACCUAUAGAUGUUGUUUGCCAGCCUUGCAAACAGGUAGAACACUAUCAGCAGGAGUGGGUGAUUGUAAUUUGACCAGAGUAGUGCUAGCUUCAGCAUCCUGGCAGUAGCACAAUAAGUCACAGCCUGUGGGAGUCUUAACCUUUUUGGCUCAAUAGAAUAUCUGUUUAGCCCAUGACUACAGGGUCAGCUAGCAAUGCCUGUCUCAAGCUUUGAACUCUGGAUGCACCAAAAAUUCUUCGGCUGAAAAUUUUCUGCAGAAAAUGGCCAACAAGUGCAUUUUCGGUUGACAUGAAGCCAAGUCAGACUGUCGGAAAGGAGAGCUUUAAACACUUCAUAACAAAACUUGCCUGUACAACUGAGGUGGUUAAGCCAAACCUCCGAACCCUUUAUCAGCCCUACGGUCCAUUACAUAGGCAAGAGAACAAACAGGUGUGUGUAUUGACAGACAAUGGGGCUAAUGUUGUCAAUGUUAUCAAACUUUUACGUUUGAGGACAUAUUAAAAAAAACAAAAAACUAAACAUGGGAUUUUUUUUUUUGGGGGGGGGAAGGUGGUUAUCAACUACUGUCCUGUUUAUGUAUGGCAAAUCUGAACUUAUUUUCAUAAUUGAACCCCUUAUUUAACACCUAUAUUAAAAAUGGUGUUCAGAAGCAGCAAUCACUAAUAUGUCCUGUAAUUUUUUCCCAUAUCGUCAUAAAUAGCGUUAUCCCAAAUGGCCUUGACAUAACGUGAUAUCGAGCUAUAUCGCCCACCACUAAUGAGUAGAACAUGGCAUCGAACAGGAAAAGCUCUCCGAGCACGCCCACUCCGUCUGUGGUGGAUGAUGCAUCCAAAUACAUAAGUGGACGCUCAGGGAAAUUUCCUUUCAUGUUUAUUCAUACACUUAUAAAAAUGAUAGAAAUCAACAUUGCAAUGCAAAUUCAUGCUCAGCUCCUGCUCUUGGCUGCUUGAAAGAAUACAAAGUGUCGCUAGCCAUGUCUCUACCGCUCACAACACUUCUUCUCGUAAACUUUUGAGUUGUUUUCACCCCUGAUUCGAGGGUGCCAUUUAAAUGUGUAAACAACACAUGUAAUGUAAUGUAAUAUGUAAUACAUGUAAUAUUAAUGCUAAUUCAAUCUUAAUUUAUACUAUUACAAUGCCUUGAUUUUAGUGAGGUUAUUACACAGUCAUAACCACAAAUACAAUGGUUCUAGUAAUUUGCAUAAUUCUGGGUUUUUUCGGUUUUCUGCCUUUGUCUCCUCAUUUUCGGUUUCGGCCAAGAAUUUUCAUUUCAGUGCAUCCCAACUUUUAACCCUCACUCAGUUCAGGUGGAACAGCUGCUACCAGCCAUCAGCAUGUUUCACAACUCAGCAGCCAGCCGUAAGAGUGAGCUGUGUCAGUAAGGUAAAGCAGUACAAUGUGUUUUAUUACCAACCAUCCAUUGUAAGUGCAACAGCCCUGUGAAGUGGCACUGGCUGGUCGCAUUUUCAGAGCCAUCUAGCGUCCUAGCUUGAACCGUCUGUGGUGGUAACAGCCUGCACAGGCUAAUUGGGUCAUACACACACACAUUUAUCAACAUGUAGAUUAAAGUUCCUGCAAUAUUCAAUUCACCCCCUCUCACCCUGGUGCAGCUUUAUAGGGCAGGAUGUCACAUGCUCAGUAUUGAUUCAGCUCGCCGCAGCCUCGCUCCUACUCACACCAAAGUCCUCUGCUUACAGAUGUGUAGAAACCAAAACUCUCCAAAGAUUUCAACCAUUUUCUUUAACCUAUUAUGAGAUAUAGCCAGCUUUAUCACCUAGAAUCUGUCUGGGCUUUCCUUUAGAUAUCAGUCAUGUGGAAAUUCAUGUUGAGGGCAAAAUUUUCCUUCUGUUCCAAGAGAGCAAAGGCCGACUGUGACCACAACAUAAUGUCAGAUUGAGAUUGGAUUUUACAGCAGGUCAGCGGGUUUGACCAACACUGUUUUAAAUCUGUAUACCUCAACAAAGAGGACGCACAUCAGACAUUUACAGAUGUCAUUUUUACAGUUUAGAACAGUGCCUGUUGGAGCUCAUUAGGGCUUUUUAAACCGUGUACUAAAACUAAACCGAGUUCCUCACUGAGUGCUUCAGAUGGUGGGAAUGUGUGGAGGUGGGAGAUAUGGCAAAGAUAUCAUAUAACAUUUAUUUUUAGGAUCACUUUCUCAAUUUGAGUCACUUUUCUUUUCAUGUUCAUUUGUGAUUCUGUUUGCCUGAUACUGGCAAGUACAAACAACAUGGUUUGCCUUUUCAAAAAGCACUGUCCUGAAAGAAAAAGAAAACAGACCAGUGAGGUACAAUUGGCAUUUAAUCAACAGAAAUAUUAAAAUUGAUAACACUCGAAGUAUAGCCAGCCUCUGACUGAACUUAAAAAUUGACAAAUGUUUGGGAAGGUGAACUUUGCUAUCCUCAAAAGGUAAAAGGUAGUCGAAAACAGAUAAGGUCCAAGCUCCAGCUACUACCGCGUCAUACAAUGCAGCACACAUGUAGCAUCAUUCAGGUUGUUCAGAAAAUUAAAUAAAACAAUAAAAAAAAUUCAAGAAUCAUAUUUCCAUGAUACAGACAAGAUGAUAAGUGUAAAAUGUAUCACUUAUUAAAGCAAUCCUGACAGAUGUGCUCGGUGUUUCCCCUAGAAUUUUUUUUCAGCUGUGGCGGAGUGUGCGUGUGUGUAUGUGUGUCUCUCUCUCUUGCCACUCCAGGAGCUACGCUGUUACAUUCACAUUACAUUAACUGCGCUACUUGCGAUACAGACCGUGUAUAACCCUAAACAUUACCAUUUAGAUUAGUGGAAAAGGGUCCGGCGGGAUUUGAUGUGCUGUGAUGACUCAAAACAAGUCUAAAACAACGUCGUGUUGUGCUCACACAGUGCGAGUAGAAAUCAUGAGUGCCGCAUUGAUAAUAAUGCUACUAAUGCUAUUGAUGCUACUCGCUAUAUAGGCCGUGUAUAAGCUUGAACGUUACCUCUCACGUUGAUAGAAGAGGGUCCGACAGGAUUUGAUGUGCUCCUUGAUGACUCACAACAAGUCGAAAAUAACGUUGUGUGUUGUGCUCACACAGUGCGAGCAGAAUCAUUAGUGGCGCAUUGAUUUUAAUGAUCAUGUGAAAUUUCAGUAAUGGCACAUGUAAUUUAGCAGCCGCUGCUGAAUGAAUGUAGGGGAAACACUGCUGAUACAUAUGAGUCCGAGGUAGCACUAUGUGAAAUAAAAACACAUUUUCUUAAAAGAUGUGGCAGCUUUUAUUUAGCCAUCACGGUGCGCUGCUAUCAAUUGCAUGUAGGGGAAACCCUGGUACUGUAUUUGAGUUUUGGACCUAUAGGCACCUCCCUGCACCAGUACAGCUACUGUUCUGGUGCUGCCCUGCAUUGAAUAUGAGCCCGGGGGAAAUCCAUUGUAUAUGUAUAUCUUCCGUAUCACUUUCAUUUACUAGUGUUUCUCAGGUGCAGUUUUGUUUUGUCACACAAGGUCUUGUGUCUCUUCCUCCACAUGGGCCCAUUUGGGUCAGUUUCUAUCUAGUACUUGAAAACAGUUAAGUUGAUAGCUUUUCAAUGUAGUGAGUCCCCAAAACCCAUGGCUAGUGAUUUGAGUGGGUCCCCAGGAAAUUAAAUGGAUCUCCAAUCAUUUUUUGUUUGUUUGUUUAUUUGUUUCUUGAAAAUUCUGUGUUAAAAUAUGUACAAUCAACAGAUAAUUGGGAAUCUUCAAAAUACACCUGAAAGUAAAAGAAUUAUAUGAUUUUCUUUAACAGAAAUAUGUUUGAUCUUAAUUAUUAUGCGGCAUAAUCUAAAUGUUCCUUUAACUGCUUCCUGAAGAACACACUUGUUGUGUAGUAUGCACAGACAUCAACUGGGCUGAAAAAAAAAGAAGUAUGUGCAAGUGUAUGUACUAUUUUUAAAGCCAUUUUAGAUAUAAAUUAGAUAUAAAUACACAGAACACUACAGAGUUUUUCUAAGUAGCUGCUAGUCUGCACAUCUGAUGGAUUACAAUAUACUGUUCUGCAUUCACAUUAGCGAUAGGACAUUGAUUGACGUCACACACGCAACACACACACACACUCUCUCUCUCUCACUCACUCACUCACUCACUUGCUCACUCACACAAACAAAGAUAAAAAAGACUCACAUCACUCUAGUGCACUGUGGUGAAACUAUUUGCAGCACCAACCAAUUUUCUUGUAGCGUAUGUGGCAUAUAUGUCGCACUGUUGAGCUCUGGGAUUCACCACACAGUAGUAAAGGUUUUUAAGAUGGUGAUAAAUCCUUGGAGCAAAUCACCACAUUUAUGAAAAGACAACUAGACUACAGAGCCUGACACUUAUAAAUCUUAGUUUGAUACCCUGUAGAGUCAUGUGAAAAGAAAAGCAACAUGAAUAGAUAGAGGAAGACAACCGUAGGAACAUCAGGAGGAAACUCUGGGUGUUUAGUGUGCUAACCCCUCUUUCUCAUGUUUAUGUCCAUUGUGAUAGCACUGGCACUGCACCUACAACCAUGACAAUUGAUUAUAUGACCUACACUGUCUGCACCACCUUAACUAAUGCUUUGGUAUUGAACCCUGUCAUCAUUUUUCCUGCUAGAUGUUUAUUUUUAAAUUGUAGCCACCAGAAGAUGACGUGCAUAGAAACCUAAAACAUAGUUUUAACAAAAAUAGCUUGAUUUUCUUUUGAUAGCAUUGGGAAUCCAAUGUCAUUUGGAACUUAAAUAAUUAGUAUUUGUUCAAAUUCAUAAAACAGACAUGUGAAGUAAUGUUGACAUAACUGGUUGACUUGCUGAACACUGAUCUGGUUGAAUGACACAUGUCCAAAACAGGCAGCAUUAUCAUGAGUCAGUGACGGAAUCAGCAAAAUCCCAUUACUCUCCUUCGGGAUGUCCUAAUUGGCUGUAGCAUUACUGACAUCAAGGGGUUAAAAAUUAAUUAGCGACACCUACAGUACAGUUAACAAACUACAGUACAGGGUUUUCUUUUUAAAGUCAAUUAAGUCUCCUAACUCAGGGUGAAACUAGGCUCCUGCAUCGGAAACAGAUGUUGCUUCUCUCUCAGAACCAGGAAACCAUAUGUAUCCGCAGCCUUUCAGCCUUUUUCUUGAUUAUGUUGAUGUGCUGUAUGCGGGGGCUUCAAAUGUUUCAAGUCUUUAUCAUUGCACUUUGAGGUUCCUCACUAGUUGUACCCUCCUCGCUUAUCAUUGUGACCAGUAUGCUAAAUCUGACCGGCCAUACAUACACACAAGUAUCAAUGUUGACCGGAUCUGAUUUAGAAAACUUAUUUGUGUGUGUAUCUCCGAAGAACUGAAAGCUACUCUGCCAUGUGUUUUUGUGAUGUCUUCUAUUCAUUUGUUCCUUGUGUCCACACUGAGCUGGAGAAAGACAGUUUUUCUGCCCCCUCUGUGUAGAAUACACUCCACAACCGUUUUAAAGUGUCAGAACUCAUUUCAUUUGAAGCCUUUGGCACUUAUUUUAAUGGCAGACAACAUGAGACUAUUAGGUUGUGUCUGUUGGGCUUCACAUAAUUAAAAAAAAAAAAGUUUAACAAUUUUUCCCCUUUCUGCAAUCAAAAUUUUGAUAUUAAAUUAAAAAGGAAAUUAAUACAAGAUAAAUGAAGUGGAAUUUUAGUGCUUAAACAAUUUAAAAGAAAAUCAAAAAUACAGUUUAACCGUUUAUUUUACUCUUCAGGUCUACUGUCAGCUUUCAAAUCCAAUCCUACUCUUACCACCUUCUGUCCAGUCCUCUGACAGCAGCUCUGAAACCUGCAUAAAGAAGAGAGACAACAUGAAUAGAGAGCACAGGCGGAACAAAACGUCACUCUAUACAAUUUAUACUUUCAGUUUGCUUCUUUAUUUUUGGGUUCAAAUGAGGGGGCUGCGUUUAAGGGAUUUCAGGUGGAUGUUUAUCACACUCUUUUCCUGGAUGAGGAAGCUGUGACAUGUUGAUAUGUGGCAGGUCACUGGAUUGAUAUGUAACUGUCACUCAUGAACAGCUGUCUGGCGAUUGUGCCAUGUGUAUUUGAGUGGUUAGUCUGCACCUCUUGGGUUGUUGUUUUUUAACUUGUUGUCUCCUGAUCAUGUGAUAUUUAAUAUGACACCUGCCGCUGAUCUUUUGAGCAGGUCAGCCUUGUGAAAGACAUUUUGGUCUCAUAAUUAGAUAAAGAUGACAACAUUUUGGCACAUAGCAAACCCCAAAGCUCUCUCUACUUUCAAAUACCCCGAUAUCAGAUCUUUGUUUCUGUUUUGCUUCAAUACUUUUGUGAAAUACAAAGUAAAGUACGACAAAGAACUUUAAUUCAUUUCUUUUGUUGUAAACUGAAUGGGAUUUUGAUAUAAGUACUACAAAGUAAUAAAGGAGAGUUAGGAAAAAAAAACACAACUCCUUUUGUUUUCAAAAGCAGAUUAUCUUGAGUGCAAAGAUUAUCUUAAGGACAUUUUUCUAAUGGUUCUUUUCACAAAAGCGUGAGUCAUGGCUAUUUGUAAUUACUUUGUUUUCUAAACAUCAAAUUGUUUUUGAAUAGUCCUCAUACUCUCUAUUUCAGGUUUAAAGAACUCUAAACCUUCUUGUAAGUGAACACAUAAAAGCAAAGACUUGAUGGUAUUGGACAGGAGGUAUAAACAAUAAAUAAAUGAGAUCUCACAAUCAUCAUUUAUUUAUAUAUAUAACUUAAAACUUUGCACAGCACAAUGAGAUAUCAGGCAAGGAUACAUUUUCUCAGUGAUUUUUGUCCACUGAAGCUUAAAAUGAUACGCAAAAGUGUUAAUUUCAUGUUAAUGUAGCUUAACUUAAAGAUAAAUUACAUAUUGAGUUUUUUUUUUUUUUUUUUUUUGACCAUUGAUUCCUAUUUAUGCUCAUGGAAGCAUCACAAGACUAUUAACUUCAGUAUCAGUGCGAUAAAGCUCAUCAUAAUUUUGAGAAUUGUAUUUCAGCCAUAUCAUAAAACGAUGAUAAUCAACAUGCCAACAUGAUUCUUCAUUGUGUGCGUCUGUUGAAUGUGUCUUGAAUGCAUUUCAAUGAGCUUCGGUUCCCCUUCAUCUUUAUGAUCCCGUAGGGGAAUGCAAAAUUCCAGUCAUGUCCUAUUUAUUUUAUACAUUUGACUUGAGAUUACACUUGACAAUGGCACAUUUAUAUUUGUCUGCAUUGACUAUUCCUUUCAUCUUUCUGUAGACCACCAUCCCAAUAGCAAACCCUAUAGCAAAUAUAUAUGUGACAGGGGAAGGAGGAGAGGGAGAGAAUGUGGUCAUUAACCAAAGGCAGAGAGAGAGACUCCUUCUCCUGCAUUCAAAUGAUGCUUAAUCCAACACUAUCAACUCUCCUCUCAUCCCACCUACCCCCCACCCUGACUCCUCAUCCCUCUUUCUCUCUUCCUCCAUGUGCUAUUUUUCUGAGAGGGCUAUGCAGUAUGUUCCCUCAUCCGUCUCCCUCUUCCUUCUCCUCGAUACCUAUUUAUCUAAUUUCUCUCUCCCUUCCAUAGGCUCCUUUCCCCUAUUUCACCAAGGACGUGGAUAUAUCUCCUCCUGCCCGUCCUCAUCUCUCUCCACCACUCUUUCAGUGAGUCUCUUUUUCUCUAUCUUUCUGUCUUUCUCUAUCAUCUUUUGAAGAGAUAACUGUGUGCAAGCUCUUUCAUCUUUCUCCUCCCUCAAGAGAAAACUGCCCAGCAGACACAGAGAAGCAGAGUCAGCAUUUCAGCCCUCUAUGAUGUCACGGACCCCCGGACCCAGCCCCCCCACCUCCAAAACACUCACACAUGCACAAUAAAUCGUUUGACACUUACGAAAUAAGAAAAUAGUCAUUUGAAAAAAACAGUUUUUCCACUUGUCGUAAAUGCGUGACGAAAAGACUCACCAAAACGUGGUGUAUGAGAGUUAAGGAGUAGAGACAAGCUGCAUCCCCAGUGGAAAGCUCUGUUUCACUUGCCGUCCUCACGAGACAGAGAAAAAUCACAACCACUCUCAAGUUGGAGUAGGAAGUCUGCUUGUCUCUUUGUGAUUGACUGGAAUGGGAUGCUUUCAAUUCUAAGGAUAGAUUAGGGGAACGUGGUGUAGGUACAAGCAAGAGAGCCGAGCAGAUCGGCACAGGUAAGUGAUUUAGAGAGUCAGCCCGAAGAAAUAAGGCAACACGUGAGAAACGAAGACAAGAGAGGGAGCGAAAGAGAAAGAAGAAGAUAGUUACAAUGAGGGGAGGGAACAGGAGGGAUACGGGAGGAGGGGAGGUUGAAUGUGUUAAUACACAGGAACACUGCAUCAAACCAAUGCACUGCUCUGAGGCUGGCUGAGCAGCCGAGAGGAGUGCGUCAGCAGUACAUUCACGUUUCCACUGAAGGACAAAGGGAGGGGGCAGAGCGAGCAUCUUAGCUGCCUGCAACACCGACACAGAGGGGGGGUGGGAGGGUGGGGGGGAGAAAAAAGAGAGAUUGGAGAAUAAACAAGAGGAGGAGAUGUGGAUUAGAAUGCUGCUCCUGCUGCUUCUGUGACGGUGGGCUGCCUGUUUGAGUGCUCGCGUGCCUCCUCCUCUCCAUCUCUCUCACACUCUCUCUCCUUUGCGCACUCUAUCUUCCUCCUGCUCUUGAUCUGUCAGUGGUUCUCUCUCUCUCUCUCCCUCUUUCUCUCGAAAUCCCUCUCUUUCUGUCUUCUUUCCCUCUCUCUCUCCCUCCCUCUCUCUUUCUCUCUCUCUCUCUCUGUCUCUCUCUCUCUCCCUCUCCCUCUCUCUCUCUCUCUAUCAGUUCUACUCCGGCUACUGCAGUAGUCCACCAGCCAGCCGCAAGUCUGACAGCCACACACAUGGCUAACUGCCACAACUUACUACCUCAGCCCGGGAGAAAAAACUAACAAAUAAGCAAGCAGAAGAACACUGCAGGAGACAGCUUGGGGACAAACAGCAAGUGGAGAGAAGAUUCCUCAAUACCUUCCUCUGUUUUUGGGAUACAGCUACGGAACCCACUUCCACUCACAUCUUUCAAGCGCCAUCCUGUCUUUUCUCUCAUUGCAGAAGAGGACAAGAGUGCUCCCUCUCUCUUCCGACACCCUUUUGCGAAGCUCCAACAGUGCAGCGCAUCCCCCUCUUCACCCCCCACCCAGCGCCACCAUCUCUCCCACCACCCCCAACCCCCCUCCCCCCAGGAGGAAUAGACGGAUUACUGCUAACUGUGCACACGGCAGCCUGCAGCUGCUCUGACCAGGGCCAGCGAAACGUUGAGAGGAAGCAAGAGGAGCACAGAGGAGGAGUGGAGAGGGGGAUGACUGUGCCCGGAGUUCUUUAGCCUUUUUCUGUCUCUCAGUCUCUGUCACAACGGGGCUAAUCAGCAACCGACUAGCCCUUGGCAAAGUCACAGUGAGGGAGGUCUCUCUACCAAACAGGCGACCACUGGACAAGCAAACACAUGUACCAGGAGCCAUCAGAACUGGGAAUUUUUAUUUUUUUCAUUUGCCUACUUCUUGCCUCCUCCUCUAUUGCUUUUCACUGCGCUAUGGAUCAUUGUGAUUUAUCCACAGUGGAGCUGCAUUUUGGAGACUGUAGCCUUGCAGGGGGGCAGUUAGUGGGGGCAGAAGGGAUCCGGGCACCUGCCAAGCCUUCAUGGCCUUACCUCUGCCUGUGAGUGCUUUUCAUGCUUUUUUCAGUCUUGAAUAGUAGGAGCCAUUUUGUACCCAGGGCAAAAAGAGGGGCCACCUCACUUUUUCAGAAAGGGAAAAUAAGAAAACACCAGUCUCUUGUCUCUCUAUGGAAUGGAAUAAUAAAUGAACAUGAUUCAGGGCUGUUGCUUUUAACAUUUGGAAAGAGGCAAAAAGAACCACUUCCAAACUAAUGAGGUACGUCAUUGAUACUGUCAGUAAUCCUUUUUUUUCUCCACACUGCUGCUCUGCUUUUCCACUGCUACUAUUCUUGUAUUAAUCUCUUUCACUCUGUCUCCUCCUCUGUUCCUCUUUCCCCCCCCCUUCUCUCUAUCUCACAUCUAUUUUGAUGUAGCAUCUCCCUGCACUGUCGAUGGAACUUAGGAGCCUUAAGUUGCUCCAGCCAGGCUAAGGUGGUCUGUCCUCUGGUGUGUGCCGUCUCCCCCCACCAUGCAGAAUAAUGAGCCCCUCACACCAUGAGUCCUUUGGGCCAGGUUAGUGUGCAGCCUACCUGGAACGCAGCUCUGCUUGCCAUGAUCUCUCUCAUGGUACCUACUCUCAGUAUGUGCCAGUCUACGGGCCCUGCACUGGGCUCGGCUAACCCACAGAACUGUCCAGGUGUGUGCUCCUGCACUAACCAGCUCAGCAAGGUGGUGUGUACACGCCGAGGCCUGAUUAGGGUCCCUCCAAACAUCCCAGCCAACACCAGGUACCUGAACCUGAUGGAAAACAGCAUAGAAACCAUACAGGCAGACACGUUCAGGCAUCUGCAUCACUUGGAGGUACUGCAGCUUGGCAGAAAUGCCAUCAGACAGAUUGAGGUGGGGGCUUUUAAUGGCUUAACCAGUCUCAAUACCCUGGAGCUGUUUGACAACAGACUGACAGUCAUACCCAGUGGAGCUUUUGAGUACCUGUCAAAGUUGAGAGAAUUAUGGCUUAGAAACAAUCCCAUUGAGAGCAUUCCCUCCUAUGCCUUCAACCGUGUUCCCUCUCUCAUGAGACUGGACCUUGGAGAGCUGAGGAAGUUGGAAUAUAUCUCUGAUGGGGCGUUUGAGGGCCUUCAAAACCUCAAGUACCUUAACUUGGGGAUGUGUAACCUCCGGGAGUUUCCUAAUCUGUCACCACUGGUGGGAUUGGAAGAACUGGAAAUAUCAGAGAAUGUUUUCCCUGAACUGAAACCUGUGGCCUUUCGUGGGCUUAAGAAUUUACGCAAACUGUGGAUUAUGAACUCUGUAAUCACGACCAUUGAAAGGAAUGCAUUUGAUGACAUCACAGCUUUGGUGGAGCUGAAUUUAGCCCAUAAUAACCUGUCGUCCCUUCCACAUAACCUCUUCACUCCUCUACAAUACCUGGUGGAGUUACACCUGCACCACAACCCUUGGCGAUGUGACUGUGAUGUAGUGUGGCUCUCCUGGUGGCUCAGAGAAUACAUUCCCACAAAUUCCAGCUGUUGUGGACGCUGCCACACUCCAAUCCACAUGAGAGGUCGAUACCUGGUGGAGGUCGAUCAGACCACCUUUCAGUGCUCAGCACCGUUUAUACUUGAUGCUCCAAGAGAUCUCAACAUCUCAGCGGCAAGGGUUGCAGAACUGAAGUGUCGUACUGCUGCCAUGAGUUCAGUCCGAUGGCUUCUCCCCAAUGGUACCGUAUUGACCCAUGGCUCAGCUCAUCCACGGAUAUCUGUUCUCAACGAUGGGACUCUCAACUUCUCCAAUGUUCUCCCUUCUGACACAGGUGUUUAUACUUGCAUGGUGAGCAACAUGGCAGGAAAUUCCAAUGCCUCAGCCUACCUAAAUGUCAGCAAUGCAGAACUUAACACAUCCAAUCUGUCGUAUUUUACCACUGUAACAGUGGAAGUUUUGGAGCCCACAGUUGAAGAGACCCCCAAACCCAAGCCUACUUCUCCCUCUGUCUUUAAGCCUGUGUUCAUCUCCACACCUACUGUGCUCUUUCAGAGCACUCAGACUCCAAGGCAAGUGUCAAUCCCCACUGCCAGAAUCCCUAGCGGGCCAGCCGCCAGCCUGGAUGAGGUGAUGAAAACCACUAAAAUCAUCAUUGGUUGUUUUGUUGCUGUUACCUUGCUAGCAGCUGCCAUGUUAAUUGCUUUCUAUAAGUUGCGGAAGCGGCAUCAACAAAGGAGCACGGUGGCAGCAGCCAGGACCAUAGAAAUCAUUCAAAUGGAGGAAGAAGUUCCUCCUGUUCCACCACCCACCUCUGGAUCUAGUGGCUCUGAGGACACAGGGUUGGUACUGCCAACAUUAGUGGAACACAACAGUAACACCUUUAAGCCUGGGUACGUGUCCUCCUCAGCCCGCCAAGGGAGCUAUGGAGCCCACUGGACCCAGAACAACUCUCUUCAUCGCUCAGUCAGACAGCAUCACAGCCACAUCAGCACCAUUACUGAUCCUUAUGCCAUUAAGACUACUCAUGGCAAAGAGAAGGUUCAAGAGACCCAAAUUUGAGCUAUGCCUCUUCAAUGGAUCUAUCUCUGACUCUGUCCCGACCUCUCCUCUCCACUCAUCUGCUCACCACUCCAUGCAAUAGAAUGCACAAAGAACAAAACGGUAACUUUCUUUUGUACAGAUGUGCAAAACAGACAGUUUUUCGUUUCUUGUACAUGCCUAUACAUAAGUAUAUAAAUAUGAAAAAAUACAAAUAUAUAUAAAUGAAACUACCGGCAGGCAGUGGUGAGACAUGCAGAUUAUAUUAGAAAGUAAAUUGAAACUAUUUUCUAAUAACUGGUGACUUCUAUUUAAAAAAAAAAAAAAAGGUAAAGAUAAUGAACUGCUUUUGUGACUGAUAACAGAAGAAGGUACGAUCUACUCUUGGGAAAGAGGUGUUUACUUUUUUUUUUUUUUUUUUUUUUUUUUUUUGAGAAUAUUCAGGAUGCAGUAAAAAAAAACUCUUUAUACAGGAAACAGUUUCUAAAUACAGCCCCAAAUGUAAGCUCCAGUUUUUACCGUGCCAAAUAUUAUAUGCAAUAAAAUGGUAUUUCCAGACUAGGGAACACAAAAAGACACACAAGCAAAAUCUAGAUAGGUAGAAACAUUUGUCCAAGGAUAGCGGCGUAAUGGCACAGAUAGAAUGUGCUGUUCAGUAGCUAUCUGCCAAACGCUUUUGGACUGCAGUGAAUUUCUGCAGCUAAGGUUUAACCCUCUGUUUGCCAGAGCUAAGCUGCGUUUAUUUGACAGUGCCAGUGCUUUUUAGUUGUAGCGUAUCUAAACAUGUUUAGUUAGUGUGCACAUGAUUCUCCACUGGUUUAGCUGGCAAAGGUAAAGUGCAAGCUAAUAACAGUUGUUGCAAGUACUUUGUUCUGUUAUUAGUUGCAUUUUUUAUUUUUUUUUGCAUUAUUUUUCCCCUUAGGUUGUACAUGCUUUUUAAUGGCUUGUGUAGUGUUUAGGGCUAAUUUAUAAAUGCAUUACAGCAGUUGCCUGACUUGUCUCUGCAAGGGCUCAUUCUGAUGCUAAUUUUUCAAAGGAACAGACGUGGUGCAGUGAUACAGGUCUUUGCUUCGACCAUUUGGCUCCUGGAGGAAAAAAAAAAAUAUGAAGAUUGAAGUGAAACAAAAUGAAUGUCUGAUACUGGGGCUUUUCCAUGGACUACAUUAAAACAUGACUUUGUUUUUCUUUUAACAGUUAUUUUGAGCAACACUAUUUUUAUGGAGAGACUAAGGAGGCUAUGAAAAAUAAAAACCUUUGGUUUGUAUUUCUCUAAUCAGAAACACUUUCAUCUGAUGUUUUUUUUUCUUCUCUCUGAAUAUAUUUUCAUUUGUGUGUAAGUCGUUUUAUCCCAAAAUCUGGAGGCAGCAUUGUAAAUCGUAUCCUUCCCAAACCCCUCCCAUCUUACGGUCCUAUGCAUUUACUUAGUGUCUGCAUGAAUGGGUCUUUAAGUAACUGGUGUACAAUGCUGCAUUAUACCCCACAGUGGGGCUCUAUGCAGGUCAGAUAGGCUGUUGGUCUUUGAUGCCUCAGCUUAGUUCUUAACAUUGAUUUCUCAGUGACUGUGAAGGGGAAAAUACAUGUAUCCCACAGUUCUACAGUUUGUGGGUUUCUUUUUCCUUACAUGCUCAUCUGCAGGGUCUAGUUUCCACCCCAGCUAGUUGCUCAUCGUUGAUGAAUAAUGAAGAACAAACUAUUUUGGUCGGGUUAUCAUGAUUAAGAUUAUACCAAAAAAAAAAAAAAAGCUUAGUCAUUAAAGCAGGUAUUUCCAGAGAGCAAUCUACCACUUGACAAUAAGAAAGUAAACUGAUUUCCAUGUGUCAAUGCAUGUGUCAAUGCAUGUGUCAAUGCAUCUCUGAGCUAUUUGUAUUAUCUUGAUGUUACUCUGUCGAAAGGUCAGCUCAUAAAUAAGUGUGCCUAAUCCCUGCAGCGACUGAAACCCUUUACCUCUGACCUUAUGAUAUUGCCCUCAAUACGACCAUUAACCAUCCCUUCUCAUUAAGAACUAAUUCCAACAAAUUUGAUCAAACCCUGCAGGUUCCUGAUCCCUUUAAAGUUUGAUGCUCUACUGCGAAAGUGCUUCAGCCAAGGCUAUUUGGGGAUAAAGGGGAAAUUACAGUAUGACCCCUGUGCUAAUUAUGGAGCAUGGUGAGUUGACAAGAACACCAAGGCUUCAUUUAAAACCUCCCGGCUUGACUUCCUGUUCCAUCAAGAGGCGGUUAAUAAUGUGCUGCGAGUUGCUGUCGGGCAUAAUGUUACUCUGUGCAUAUUUUUCCUGUGGCAUUCACAAUCAGAUGACUGCAUCACAUUAGGAGAUCCUCUGGUGCAGUACAACAAAAUAGGGACAGCCUUUAUGUAACAGUCUAGAAUACAGGUUGAGUAGGAGUCAGUUUAAAUAGGCUCUAAUAUAGAUAUAUAUAUUUUU